ACAGCCCAAGAUGAAAUAACAAAUUGAAUAGCUAAUCAAGUAUUCGCUAGUCUAUUAUAAAAGUAUGUGUGAAUCACGCAACACUGCUCCUCUAUUCUAAAGAAGGGACCGCUUUCCUUAAAGAUAACUGAGAAACGUUACGUUCCCUGGUUCUUAUCGAUUACUGAAUUCAAUAAUCUCUGUCUAUUAAUUGCCAGACUACUACGAUGGAGUUCAGACAAGUGACACAUUAUUGACAGAUUAAUUGGACUUCAUUUUUCUCAUCUACUCAACUCAUCUAGGUUGUCUCUGCAGUCUUUUCUUAAUGCACAUUGGAAGACGCUAACUGGCCACACGGAUUUUGGGAAACAAAAAUACCGAAAACAGUAUGGAUACUUCAACCUCAAAUUUCUCAACUACAGAAGAACAGCAAAGCAAAUCAUACAGUCAGAUUAACUCGUCAGAUCUCUCGCUCACGGCUAAUGACAAUUUGGGUGAACAUGGAAAUAAUUCAUUUGUUUCUAACCUCCCGUCCUAUUACGAAUCUACUCCAUUAGUAAGUGCACCUAUCAGGCAACCAGUAGAUAUAACCCAACCAGAUGAAUAUACUAUCUCUGAUGAUGGCAAUGAAAAUGUUGGGCUGAAUGACGUUGCGAGCCAAGAAGAAGGAACGUUAGCAAAUGGACAUUCAACUUCAAUUCAGUUGACAAAGGAACAAAAUGAGCCAAUUCGAUACUCACCCGAGUCUGAGCAAGAGAUCAAUCCGAAUCAUGCCACAACCAUGCCCUAUCCACCAUUAGGUACGACUGAAACCUCACAGCUGUUUCCAGAAGAGUUUCCUCGACCCGUGUCUCAAGCAGAAGUGCCAUUGGAUAAUGGUCUUGUGGGUGAAUCGGCUACCGUCAAUGAAACUUCUGUUAUUGGAGGUGCAAGCGUAACUCAUGCAGACGGUCAGGUAAUCAAUCAUAGACUCUUGAAGUUACCAUCGUACGCAGGAGGGGGAGAGUAUCCAGCCGAACCUCCCCCAUCGUAUGAAGAUAGCAACCCGAUUCCAGUACCUCAAACUAUGAACCCAAGGGAACCGUCAGCAUCAACAUUUACGCCACCAACAGCUCAGUUAAUCAGUCGUAAUUUCGGAACCACACCAAUCUACACAAUCUGCCCAUCCUGCGGGGAAGAAGUCAUGACAGUAACCGUUUUUGUUCCAGGGGCGCUUACAUAUCUCAUGGUCUGUAUCUUCUUAAUGCUUGGGUGAGUU